UAUUUAAAUGUAUGAGUGACGUGGCAAAACAAGGGAGAGGGUGCUGAAAUGGAGAGUGCUGGAGCGAGUGCUCCUAGCACUCCUCAAAUUUUUAUAAGAAAGGCAGUAGCCAGUACGUACACGGUACAGCCUUUUCAGGGUAAGACCCAACUUCCACCGCGAAACUCCAAAACUCACCGCUCCAAAUCCACGGCCAAGUGUAAAGUGCAGGGAACACAUGUCUCCCUCCACAUAAUCCCUCCAUCACGCGUCUCCCUCCCCUAUACGUGUGGUUCCCAGAACGCCCUCCACUCCAUGCCUCUAUCUUCCAACCUAAUCGAAGAUCACACUUGUAUUUUCCGUUUGCAUGGCCGAGCUUCUCUUGAAACCAAGCGCCAGUAAUAAUCCCCUACGGUGGGCCAAAGACCACUAGCAUCCCUCCACGUGCACCCCAUACUAGCACCCCUCCCUCUAUAUAUACACCCUUCCGGUGCCCCUCCCUGAAUCACAGAGGUCUCAGAGUCUCGAUUUUGUUCCAUCUUCUUCUUCACUUUCUGCAUUCUUAGCUUUAAUUUGGAAAUAAUGUUUAUUGAUAGCUUUAAGGUAGAGAGCCCGAAUGUGAAGUACACAGAUGGUGAGAUUCACUCUGUGUAUGACUAUGAAACCACAGAGCUUGUUCAUGAGAACAGAAAUGGAACUUAUCAAUGGAUUGUCAAACCCAAGACCGUGAAAUAUGAGUUUAAGACCGAUACCCAUGUUCCCAAACUUGGGGUUAUGCUUGUGGGAUGGGGAGGAAACAACGGCUCAACCCUCACCGGAGGUAUCAUAGCCAACCGAGAAGGAAUCUCAUGGGCCACCAAGGACAAGGUGCAGCAAGCUAAUUAUUUUGGUUCUCUGACCCAGGCAUCCAGUAUCCGAGUAGGGUCUUAUAAUGGAGAGGAGAUUUAUGCUCCUUUUAAGAGCCUUCUCCCUAUGGUGAACCCGGAUGAUAUUGUGUUUGGUGGUUGGGACAUUAGUGACAUGAACCUUGCUGAUGCAAUGGCGAGGGCCAGGGUCUUUGAUAUUGAUCUUCAAAAGCAGUUAAGGCCCUAUAUGGAACGCAUGGUCCCACUCCCUGGCAUCUACGACCCUGAUUUUAUUGCUGCUAACCAAGGUGAACGUGCCAACAACGCCAUCAAGGGGACAAAGAAAGAACAAGUUCAACAAGUCAUCAAAGAUAUUAGGGAGUUCAAGGAGAAAACCAAGGUGGACAAGGUUGUUGUGCUUUGGACUGCCAACACUGAGAGGUACAGUAAUGUGAUUGUGGGGCUAAAUGACACCAUGGAGAACCUCUUGGCUUCUCUGGAGAAGAAUGAGGCUGAGAUUUCCCCUUCUACCCUGUAUGCCCUUGCUUGUAUUCUUGAAAAUGUUCCUUUCAUCAAUGGAAGCCCACAGAACACCUUUGUUCCAGGACUAAUUGAUUUGGCUAUUAAGAGGAACAGUCUGAUUGGUGGGGAUGACUUCAAGAGUGGUCAGACCAAGAUGAAAUCUGUCUUGGUGGACUUCCUUGUUGGUGCUGGUAUCAAGCCAACAUCAAUAGUGAGCUACAACCACCUGGGAAACAAUGAUGGCAUGAAUCUGUCAGCUCCCCAGACCUUCCGCUCUAAGGAGAUCUCUAAGAGCAACGUUGUUGAUGACAUGGUAGCUAGCAAUGGUAUCCUCUACGAGCCUGGCGAGCAUCCUGACCAUGUUGUGGUCAUCAAGUAUGUGCCAUAUGUGGGGGAUAGCAAGAGAGCCAUGGAUGAAUACACAUCAGAGAUAUUCAUGGGAGGAACGAACACUAUAGUGCUUCACAACACUUGUGAGGACUCUCUGCUAGCGGCUCCCAUCAUCCUGGAUUUGGUUCUCCUUGCAGAGCUCAGCACCAGGAUCCAGCUCAAGGCUGAGGCAGAGGGCAAGUUCCACUCUUUCCACCCUGUGGCUACCAUUCUCAGUUACCUUACAAAGGCUCCCCUUGUUCCACCAGGCACUCCAGUUGUAAAUGCACUAUCAAAGCAGCGUGCAAUGCUGGAGAACAUUCUGAGGGCUUGUGUUGGCUUGGCUCCUGAAAAUAACAUGAUUUUGGAAUACAAAUGAACCGCAGGAGGAUAAUGGACUUCUUUUAUCUUUUCAUAAAAGUUGUGGUUCAUGCCAUCACAAAUUGUAACGCUUGUGUGAAGAAUUCGUGGUUAGCACUACGUUUUGUUCUAUCCUUUCGGAUGGUGCUCAUGUGUGGUAGCCCCCCUGCUGUAGCUCAUUCCUGAGCCAACCCCUCUAUGAAAAUAUAAAACAGCAUAUGAGUUUUAUUGUGUUGUUGUACAACAAUUUCCAUGAUUCCUAGCUCUUUCCAAAGAGUAACAGGAUGUUAAGAAGUAAACCGCUGCUCCAUUGUGCAUUAUCCU